CCCCACACCAAAAAAAAAAAAAAAUUAAAAAAAAUUAGUCCCAUUCAUUCUCACCUCAUCACCUCCCUUCUCUUCUUAAGACCCUUUUGCUCCCCAUAACAUUUCAAGAUUCAACCCAAAAACAAAUUACCUCUCCACACAGCUUCCACUUUUCCUCUCUUUCUCUCCUUAAUUCUUUUGAUCAAAAUUACUUCUUCUUCUUUUUAUUAUCAUUAUUCCAAAUGGGGUUCGAUGAUCUUUGUAAUACAGGCCUCGAUUUAGGUUUAGGGUUCACAGCUUCAGCUAAUAAUACUUUUUCCAAAAAACCAUCAACGACCACAACCACUUCUUCUUCUUCAUUUGAGCCUUCUUUAACUUUGGGUCUUUCCGGCGGUGACCCUUACAAUAAAGCCAGAAAGAUCAUUAGUAGUAUUAAUAUUGAUGUGAACAAAGGUGGUAGUACUACUACUACUAUUACCACUACUUGUCACGACGAAACACUUAAUAAUAAUAAUAUGGAUUUGUAUAGGCAAGCUUCGCCGCCUCACAGUGCGGUUUCUUCCUUUUCCGGCGGCGGCGGCGUUGGCGGUUGUAGUCGGGUUAAGCGUGAAAGAGAUCUCAGUAGCGAAGAGAUUGAGGUUGAGAAAGUUAAUUCUUCUAGAAUUAUUAGUGAUGAAGAUGAAGAUGGACCUAAUGCGAGAAAGAAACUUCGCCUCACCAAAGAACAAUCUGCUCUCUUAGAAGAAAGCUUCAAACAACACAGCACUCUCAAUCCUAGGCAAAAACAAGCUUUGGCCAGACAGUUAAAUCUGAGGCCUAGACAAGUUGAAGUAUGGUUUCAAAAUAGGCGUGCAAGGACAAAGCUGAAGCAAACUGAAGUAGAUUGUGAGUUCUUGAAGAAGUGUUGUGAGACACUGACUGACGAGAACAGAAGGCUGCAAAAGGAGCUACAAGAACUCAAGGCUCUCAAACUCACUCAUCAACCUCUGUACAUGCAUAUGCCGGCGGCUACUCUCACCAUGUGUCCUUCAUGCGAAAGAAUCGGCGCCGGUGUCGGCGCCGGCGACGGAGCUUCCAAGAGCCCCUUUUCCAUGGCUUCGAAGCCCCACUUCUAUAAUCCCUUCACCAAUCCUUCCGCUGCUUGCUAGGGUUAAUUAAUAUUAUAUAAUGCAAACUUAUUUAGUAGUAUUAUCAUAUAAUUAGGAUACUAAAAAAUAUAUAUAUAAAUAUAAAAAAGAAAAAAAAAACAAUUAAAAAGGCUUCCUAAAAUUCCUUGACCCCUAUAUAUUUUUUUGAUGAAGGGCUUGUAGCGAUCAAGUAAGAGUAGUCGUGUAAUUAUAAUUGUAGAAAUGAAGGAUAGUAUAAUUACUGAUCAAUUUUUACUUCUUUUAAUUUUUCUUCUUCUUUUCUUCUUUUAAAUAUAUAUAUGUUUGUAAAGAUAUCGAAUAUAUUUUAAUGAAUGGAUUAUUGUUAUUUAUUUUUGGAUAUCAAA